AUGUCUACGGCCCAUCCGGAUCGUCGAUUCGUGGAAGCGGACACUUGGACAGCUUCAGGAUCAAAGAGUGAAAUGUUGGACAUGUUUCAUGAUUUCUGCCCUCGGGUUCAGAAGUUGCUCAAAUUGUGUCCGGAAGGAGACGUCUUGGAGUGGAAAUUGAGAGUGCAUGAGCCUCUUUCUCACUGGGUAGACGGCAACACGGCGCUCGUCGGAGAUGCUUGUCACCCCACAUUACCUCAUUUAGCUCAAGGUGCAGCUCAAGCGGUGGAAGACGCGGCGGUGCUUGGUGUGGUCCUCGGCAAGAUCAAGUCUAAGGACGAAGUACACAAGGCACUGCUAGUUUAUCAGGCUCUGCGAAAACCCAGAGCUGACUGGGCAGUUGCGACCGCCGCUGCAAAUGGGAAAGGUCUUCAUCUCGGCAGUGGUGCGGCUCAAGAGGCAAGAGACGCUGCAUUCAAAGCGGCAAAGAAAGCUGGUGGGGAGAACCCAGACAAGGCUAUAGAUCAGAUAGUACAACGAACCCUCUACGCUCACGAUUGCGCCCAAGAAGCGGAGGAUCGAUAUGACGCGCUCUUCUCGCAGAUUUAA